GAUCUAAGAUUUCAGAUCCCGUCAUGCAGCGCAAACUAUUCACCAGAGCGCAAUGGCGGAGACGGAUGAUGAAGAGGGAUCUCUCAAUCUCACCGGCUUUCUUUUCGGUAACAUCAACAUUCGCGGAGAGCUAGAGGACCACGAUCUCCUGGAUGAGGAUUCCCGCCGCCAUCUAUCCCAGCUAAGUGCCUUGGGAGAUAUUGGAAAUCUUGUGAAAGACAUAACAGAUGAUGCUACCAUCAGGCCAGAUACCCAAGAUGACUCAAAUUCAGGUUGGAUACAAAAGGAAUCUGAUGCUAUGGAUUAUAGUGAUAUCAGUGAGCUGGCAGAGGAGGAGGAAACCAAAUAUUACAAGCAAGCAGUUUCCUAUGCUUCUAAUAGAUCUGCUGAUGAGGAAGAUGAUUAUGAUGCAGAUGAUGAGACCCCGCCCCCCUCGACAUCAGAUGCCUCAUUCAUCUUACCCACCAUCGCCCCUGCUGCCAGCACAUUAUCUAAAGAAGAGCAGGACAGAUUAGCGAUGCCUCCCCCAUCCCUACCCUCAGGGGGGUCAGGAGAGCCUCCUACUGAGCAACCAUCACCACCCUUGCCAGGUCCCCUUGCUGCUGCCAUAAAAGUUGAAGACAGGCUGCUGCGAACAUCCAAGGGGCAGACUGUCACCGAACUAUUUCCUGAGUUCAAACCUGGCAAAGUGCUACGAUUCAGUCGGCUGUUUGGACCCAGCAAAUCCUCUUCACUUCCCCAACAAUGGCGUAAUGCAAAAAGGAGAAAGAAGAAGAAGAAAAAGCAUGGCGAAGAGGAUGUCCCAGCGAACCCCAUCCGCCCCUCUACCCCUCCCCUGCCACGCCCUGAAGAUUGCAUGUCGGAUGAUGAGGACAAACUCAUGGCACCAUGGGAGCCUACGGAAGAAGAGCUGCGUAAUGCGGCAGAGAUGAAUGCAUCUAACGCAGCAGAAUACGAAGAGGCAAAUCGGGCUUGUGAGUGGCGGUACGGCCCUGCGGCCCUGUGGUAUGAGAUGCUAGGUGUGAGUGAGGAUGGAUCAGAUUUGGAUUAUGGAUUUAGAGUCAAAGAGGAGAAAGAUGAGGGAGAGCCGUCGUCACCCCUUGACUUACCACCAGAUGAUUGUUUCCACAUGGUAUCUCAGGUGAACUGGGAAGAUGACAUAAUCUGGUCACCAGAGGAUGUUAAACCAAACAUACAGGCAAUGGCCAGGGCGGGCUGGAUACCAACAGGGUCAACCAGGACAGCCCAGGCAUACGCCAACCAACAACAGGCCCUACUAAACCAACUAGGUAUAAAGCAUCCAGGCCUAGACACAUUUCUCAAGAACACAGGUGCCGCCAUCAAAAGCAACAUUAACUCCAUGGUUCCAGUCAACACAAACAAGCCAGGAGUGGGCAGUAACCAGCCAAAGAAGCCGUCCAAAUGGUACUCGAUCUUCCCAGUCGAUAAUGAUGACCUGGUCUACUGCAACUGGGAAGACAAGAUUAUCUGGGACUCACAGGCCAUGCCACAGAUCCCCUCCCCCACUGUCAUGCAGCUUGAUCCGAAUGAUGAGAACAUUAUUCUUGGAAUCCCAGAAGAUAAGUACCCUGAAGACAAGAACUCCAGUACAUCCACCACACCGAAAAAGGAAACCAAGAAGUCAAAGUUAUUGCUUGGAAAGAACAACAAGAAUGAUGAUGAUGAAGAGCAGGACGAUAACAAGGAGGAAUCCAGCAACAUGUUUAACAUUUCUAAUGAUGUCUAUUACAGCACUAAACACACCAACGUUGAAAGCUCUCUAGAAGCAACUUUAGGCUCCAAUCUUGUACAGCACUCCCUUCCUGCGAUUGAGCUCCAACGGCCAUACUUCCCAACCUAUAUGUCUCCUCAAGACUUGCGGCACUUCCACAAGCCCCCUCUGAAGAAGCCUCCACAUGGUCCAGUUGCUAAACCAGGCCGGCAUGUUGUGUAUGGGCUGCUGAAACACAUCAAGAAGAAAGCGAGGGAGCGUGAGAAAGAGCGUCUAGCUUCAGGUGGAGGCGAGAUGUUCUUCAUGAGAACACCCAGUGAUCUAACAGGGAUGGAUGGCAAGCUGGUCCUGCUGGAGUACUGUGAAGAACAUCCUGCACUUAUCAUGGCUGUUGGGAUGAACACACGCAUCAGGAACUACCACAAACGAAAACCUGGCAAGGAUGACAGUAUUCCUGAUUACAAGUUUGGCGAACCCGUCCCUGUCCAUCAGAUGUCUCCUUUCCUUGGACACCUCAAGCCGGGAGAAUCUCUUCAGGCUCUAGAAAACAACUUAUUCCGUGCCCCAAUCUAUGAGCAUGAAAUGCCAACAACAGACUUCUUAAUUAUCAGGAUGCCAUCUGGGUACUACAUUCGUGAGAUCGGCACUAUAUUUACAAUUGGUCAGCAGUGCCCAAAGUUUGAGGUCCCAGGUCCCAACUCUAAAAAGGCUAACAUCCAUGCAAGGGAUUUUCUCCAGAUCUUCAUCUAUCGGCUGUUCUGGAAAAGUCAGGAUGAUCCGCGCCGUAUCAAGAUGGAUGACAUCAAAAAGGCUUUCCCAGCUCACUCGGAGAGCAGUAUACGCAAAAGGCUGAAGCUGUGUGCUGACUUUAAACGCACAGGGGACUGCUGUAAUUGGUGGGUAUUGAAGAGUGACUUCCGGCUACCAGCAGAGGAAGAAAUGAGGGCACUGGUGUCGCCAGAGCAGGCAUGUGCCUACUACAGCAUGCUAGCUGCCGAACAACGACUGAAGGAUGCUGGAUAUGGCGAAAAAUCCUUGUUCUCCUGUGAUGAUGACAACGAUGACAGUGAGAACUCCAAGAUCGAUGAUGAGAUCCGUAUGGCCCCGUGGAACACAACCCGGGCAUUCAUCUCUGCCAUGCGGGGCAAAUGCCAGUUGGCAGUGACAGGAAGCGCAGAUCCCACAGGGUGUGGCGAGGGUUUCUCUUACAUCAGGGUGCCCAAUAAACCCAUGGCAAACAAGGAUGAGUCGGCAGCACAGGCAGCCCAGAUCCGCAAACAGAAGACAGUGACGGGAACUGAUGCCGACUUGCGAAGGCUGUCCCUCAAGCAGGCCCGACAAGUGCUGCGGGACUUUGGCGUGUCAGACGAAGAGAUUAAGAAGCUGUCUCGGUGGGAGGUGAUUGACGUUGUCAGGACGAUGUCAACAGAAGCAGCCAAGUCAGGGGAGGAAGGAAUGAGCAAGUUCGCUCGUGGCUCACGAUUCACGAUCGCUGAGCAUCAAGAGAGAUACAAGGAGGAGUGCCAGAGGAUCUUCGAGCUACAGAACAGGGUGUUGUCAUCCAAGGAAGAGCUGUCCACAGACGAAGCGAGCAGUAGCGAGGAGGAGAGUGACAUUGAUGAGUUAGGGAAGAACCUGGAAAGCAUGCUGGCCAACAAGAAGACCUCCAUCCAGCUAACCCAUGAGGAGGAGGAAGCUGAGAGACGAGAGCUGCAGCGAAUGCUGAGUGAGGACAAGCCAGGUGACAGGAAUGGCAAACUGUCUGGGGACAAGUACAAGGACGGGAGUAAGAAGCCGAUGGAUUUUGACGACGACUCACAAUCCAUAAUGAGCUGCGAGUCCUCCAAUGUCGGUCGUAAGCUCGUGAUUCAGCGCGUUUUCAAGACACAUGAGGGUCAGGAUUUCACGCGACGUGAGGUCGUCAAGAACCAGGCGGUGAUCGACGCGUACUUGCGCAUCGUCAACAAAGACAAGAACAUAAGAGCGCAGUUUGCUAGCGUGGACGAGGUGCACAAGGAAGAAAUCCGACGAGAGAAAAGAAGGAUCCAGGAGCAGCUUCGUAGAAUUCGCCGCAACCAAGAAAAAGAAAAGCUUCAACCAGUGAAAAAGAAGAAAGAGAAACCCCCUUCUACCGCAAGUAUUAAGCUUAAGUGUGGCGCAUGCGGUCAGAUUGGUCAUAUGCGAACCAACAAGAACUGUCCUCUGUACCAAGAGGCGAACCCAGGAUCUCUAUCAGUCGCCAUGACUGACGAACAGGUUGCCGAGGAGGAGUUCAACAUGCCGAACGAUGACCUGGUUAAGGUGGAGGGAACCAAGAUCACCCUAGGAAAAGCCUUCCUAGACCAGACAAACGAACUGAAGAGAAAAUCACUGGUUUUACGUUUCCCCAAGGAGUCUGUUCGCAAGAAGAGACGAUCUGGAGUCAUGCAUUGCGACUACCUUAAGAGACCUCGAAAAUCAAUAAACCGACGGCGUGCAAACCCAGAGGUCGCCAUGCAGCUCCUGAUGGAGGGAAUCAUUAACAAGAUGAAGGAGGUCGACGAGAGUUGGCCGUUCCACACUCCUGUCAACCCCAAGACCGUGCCUGACUACCACAAGAUCGUGAAGAAUCCUAUCGACCUGCAGACGUUACGUGAGAACCUCCGACACGGCAAGUACUCAUCGCGGGAGGAUUUCCUGGAAGCGUGCAGCCUGCUCGUCUCUAACAGCGUCCUCUACAACGGUCACCAGCACAGUCUGACUGCGAUCGCACAGAACAUGUUGGACUGCUGCACCAAGGUUAUAAGUGAGAAAGAAGAAGAGUUUAUCCAACUGGAGAAGGAGAUCAACCCUCUGCUCAGCGAUGACCCACUGGUGGCAUUUUCGUGGAUUCUUGAGAACAUCGUAAUGCAGAUCAAAACCAUGCCAGAGUCAUGGCCUUUUCACAAACCGGUGAACAGCAAGCAAGUUCCUGACUAUUACGAGGUCAUUAAGAACCCAAUGGACAUCGAGACACUCAGACAGCAUGUGCAGGAUGGAAUGUGCCGAUCGCGGGAAGAGUUCUUAGAAAACGUAAAACUUCUCCACACCAACAGCGUCUUGUACAACGGUGAGAACCAUGAGUUCACCAAAACUGCCAAUUCUAUUUAUGCUGCUUGCGAGAACAUUCUCAAAGAGCACGAAGAACAACUUUCAAAACUUGAGAGCGAAAUCUCCAUGAUGGCAGAUGACGCUUCCUCGUACCUGGCGAGCGAACCGCCCUCUGUCCGGGGCCCAGAAUCGGCCGAAAACAGCAUGGACGGGUUCCCAGACACGUCACGCGAAGACGAGAGUCUAAUGGGAAUGGAUAGUAGCUUGUUAGGCCCGGAUGAUAGCAUGAUAGCGGACGGGGAUAACGCUAUGACCGGACCAGACAGUAUGUUAGACAGAGACUCUAGUAUGGAGAAGGUGCCAGCUGAACCAUUCAAGCACUUCAGAAAAUCAGUCGCACCUUCUAAACAAGCGUUCCGUUCUGAGGAAGAAGAAGAAAUGAUCGACGUUGAAGGCUACGAGUCGGACGAUCGGUUGUUCCGGAGCAUCUCCGACUCUCGUAUAGAUAUGGACACCUCAAUCGCCAACAUAUCGGCUACUGCCGACUCGGAGACGAUGGUCAGCGUCUCACAGAAUGAAUUUGAAAGCAUUCUAUUACAGGACCUUCAGCACAGCGAUAGCGACAGUGCAGACGACGACGAUGAAGAGGACGACUUCCCGUUUGGUGACGGCGAGGACGACGAGGACGACGAGGAGGAGGCGAUGGAGGACGUAGACGACGGGGGGAGUGCACGAGGGGGGAUGUCACCACCCGGAGACUCUAAUGAUGCUUCUAGGGACUUCACAUACGACGAAGACGAGGACGAUUGACUUGUGAGAUGGCAUUGGUUUGGGAGAUUGUGGGGGAGGGUUUGGUGGUGAUGGAGGAGUUGUUCUUGCUUGUAGUAUCAGUAGCAGUUCUUGUUGUUGGUGGGGCUAUUGGUUGAUUUUGUUGGUGGUGUUAUUGGUUGUUGUUGUCGGUUGUUAUUGCUGUUGUUAUUGGUUGUUGUUGCUGUUGUUGUCGGUGGUGGUAGCUGUUGUUAUUGUUGUCGGGGGUGGGUGCGAAUUAGAGUGAUUGGUGGUGGUGUAAGAAGCAGUGAUGAGGCGAUGGAAGUGUAGAUGGUGGUAGAGUCAAUAUAUCGGACACCUGGAACCAAGAAUGUGUCCGUUAUAUGAAGGUUAAGGUGCCCAUUGAAUGAUGGGAGUUUUAUUUAAAGAGUUCGACAAAAUAAUUUAAAAUCUGGAACUCCAAAAGUCUGUUAUGUGGCUUUAACUAGAGGGUUUGUGUUUAAUAUACGAAGUUAUAUGGAGGUUUAUAACACUGUAAUGAUUGUUGAUAUUGGUGCGACUUUAAUUUCACGGUACACGGUAUACAUUGCCUAUAGCAGAGUUUCCGUGAGAUGGAUGAGUUCUAUAGCGCUCCUAGACUUGUAAGGGGUCGUGAUACUAUUAUCCUAUUAGCAUGGAAAAAGAGAUAUCUUUGAAAAUGUUCUGUAAAAUAUUGUAGAAAGUGUAAAUAUAUAUUAUAGAAUAUUGUAGAAAAUAAUUUAAAAAUAAAUGCGACAUUUUGA